AUGGGACAAAUUUCAGUUUUGCCUGAAGAUUUCGGGCAGUUGUCUACGCUUCGGAGACUCGUGUUAAACCUGCGAAGUCUCACAGCCUUACCUGAUUCCAUCGCUCUGGUUACCACUCUUCAAGAGCUUUCCCUCGAUCAACUUCUGAAUCUGACGCAUCUGCCCCAGGAGUUCGGUCAGCUGGUUUGUUUAGAGAAGCUGUAUCUGAAAGACCUCCGACAGCUCACGCACCUGCCUGAAACAUUCGGGCUGUUAAUUGCUCUUCGGAAGCUGAAAAUAGUGGAGUGUAGGCAGCUGCAGCAACUCCCGGACUCCCUAUCCCAGCUGACUUCUCUCGAGCACCUGGAGAUCAACAUGUGUCAGAGCCUCACGGUGUUGCCAGACGCCAUGGGGAAGGGUCUGCACUCCUUGCGCCACCUGCAUCUACUGGACUGCACCGCUCUCACCCACCUCCCUCCAUCCUUCUCCGGCCUGACAUCUCUUGAAACGCUGAAGAUUGCACACGCGAAAGGCUUCAGGGGCGCGCUGCUAGACGGCUUUGGCUGCUUGACGGGCCUCAAGGAGCUUUCGAUCAAUUCCAUGCCACACCUAUCCUCCCUUCCAGCUUCAUUUUCUGGCGUUGAUUUCCUCACCAGCCUGGAAGUCGGAAAUUGCCCUAGAGUGAUGGUCCUGCCUGAGGGAAUCGGACGGCUGGCGGCGCUCGAGGAGGUCAGAAUCUUUGGGAUGGGCGGCCUGAUAUGUCUCCCUCCGGCGCUCCUCGAGCUGCUUAGUCUGCGGGCGUUGGACGUGCGAUCAUGUGAUUCACUAAGCGGGGUGCUAGGCGAUGAGACGGUGCUUCAACACACUGCCAGAGGCUUUGUGACUAGCACUGGCAGCAGGAGCAGCAGCCGUCCUCUGCUUCCUUCCACACAAAGCCUGAAGAUCAAAGAGCUUAAUGUGGAGUCCUUCGGUCCAUCCAUCGGUCGCCUGUCCUCCUUGACGCAGUUGAAGCUUCUAGAUAUGCACCAACUUCAAUCUCUCCCUGACUGCAUCUCCCAACUCUCGCAACUGCAACGGCUUAAGGUUGAUUCGGCCUACAAUCUGAAAGCACUGCCCGAGACCAUUGGGGGGUUUGCAGGGCUGCGUGCUUUGCAGUUGGUUGACCUCAUCUCAAUGCGGCAGCUGCCCGAGUCUCUUGGGCAACUGAAAAAGCUUGAGACUCUGGAUAUUAUCAAUUGCUACAAGCUGAUGCAGCUUCCAGAGUCGUUUGUGAAUUUACCCAAGCUACGAUCCUGCUCUCUCAUCAUGCUUGGAAUCCCAAGCAUUCCGGAUGAUAUCUGGAAGCUGUCUUCCCUCAAGAAGUUGCUGAUUCUGGGUCUGAAGCACUUACGAAGCUUGCCAGAUUCAUUCACUCGGCUGCCUAAGCUUGAGAAGCUGGAGGUGAUCAUAUGCAAGAAGCUGACUCGGCUGCCCGCCUCUCUCCGGAAAAUGCCAACGUUGCGUGAGUGCGACAUCAGUGAAUGCCCUCUGCUCUCCCGCCGAGACACAAGAGGGGUUCCUGCAAGGAGAGAGGACGGAGAGGAGGGGGAGGGAGAGGAGGGGGAAGAGGGAGGGGAUGCGGAAGAGGGCGAAGGGGAGGAGGGAGGCGAUGUGGGUGGGGAAAGGGAAGAGGCGGGUGGGGAGGCACCAGAGGACGAGGAGAGUGGAGGUGAAGAUAAUGAUAUUGAUCAUGAGUAUGGCUUUGACAGUGACGAUGACGACGACUUUGGUAGACACUGGGGGGGUAGUGAGUGA